AUAAAACCAGAAGUUUUAACACUGAGUUAGGGAAGAGAAUUAACAAUGUAUGGAAUUCUACAGGCACCGUUUGAUGCAAUCAUGAGACUGAUGAUCUCUUCUCUGCACCGCAACAUCCUACCGGACGGUGUCCUAAGAAGGCUCAUCCGCUUGUUCUUAGCCAGUCGUCUUCGUUACGGUUAUAGACCCUCGGCCCAACUUCAGCUCUCCCAACUUCUCCAAUUUGUUCACUCUUUGAAAGAAAUGCCUAUAGCCUUGAGCACGGAUCAGCAAGAGUCUGAUAUCCUUUAUGAAUUACCAACGUCUUUCUUCAAGAUGGUGCUCGGAAAGAAUCUUAAAUUCAGCUGCUAUUACUUCUCUGAUAAGUCAAGCACAUUGGAGGAUGCUGAAGAAGCAAUGUUGGAGCUUUACUGUGAGAGAGCCCAAAUAAAAGAUGGCCAAAGUAUUUUGGAUAUUGGAUGUGGGUGGGGAUCACUCUGUCUGUACAUUGCACAAAAGUAUAAGAACUGCAGCGUUGCUGGGAUUACCGAUUCAGUAUCGCAGAAAGAAUAUGUUGAUGAACAGUGCCGAGAUCUUCAGCUACAGAAUGUAGAGAUCAUUGCAGCUGAUAUUACCACAUUUGAAAGGGAGGCAUGUUAUGACCGAAUAUUUUCAAUUGGAACGUUUGAGCACAUGAAAAACUACAGAGAUCUUCUCAAAAAGAUUUCCUGCUGGAUGAAACAAGAUAGUCUUCUAUUUGUUGAUCAUAUCUGUCAUAAAGCAUUUGCUUACCGCUUUGAGGAUGUAAAUGAGAACGAUUGGAUCGCAAAAUACGAUUGGCUCAGUAGAAACUUUCUAGCGGGAGGUACAAUGCUAUCGGCCAAUUUACUACUUUAUUUUCAAGACGAUGUUUCUGUUGUCAAUCAAUGGCUUUUGAAUGGGAAUCAUAAUUCACGAACAUGUGAAGAGUGGCUCAAAAGAAUGGAUCAAAAUUGGUCUUCUAUAAAACCAAUUAUGGAGUCAACUUAUGGCAAGGAUUCAGCUAUGAAGUGGACUGUCUAUUGGAGAUCAUUCUUCAUAUUUUUUAUUGAAUUCUUUAAAUUCAACAAUGGAGAAGAGUGGAUGGUUGCUCAUUAUCUUUUCAGAAAGAAAGGAAAUAAUGAAGCCUCCAUUACAAUAUGAGGCAAUCUUCAGCGAAAAACAUAAAACUUAUGGCAUAUCCUAGUUGUUUUUGUGGGAAUGUAUUACUAUUAAUUGGCCUUUGUUAUGAAACA